CACAUAGUUGCGGCAGAAGCGGAGCUGUUUGGGUACCAGACCAGGGAUUGAGCUGCACAGGAUGGGCUCAGUACCCAAUGAAGUGUACUGGUGUCCCAUCGCCAGAGACCUGCCGAGGAACACAUGGAGGCUAACAGGUAAUGAACCCCUGUCCAUUUUGCCACUGAGCUCACAGCCAGACGAAAGGGCGGGCAAGGCGCACUACAAGCUGUGUGAUCGACUCAAACUGGAGAAGAAACAGCGCAGAAUGUGCAGACGGGACCCUGGCGUGGCCGAGACUCUAAUGGAGGCCAUCAGUAUGAGUGCCUUAGAGUGCCAGUAUCAGUUUCGCUUUGAGAGAUGGAACUGCACCUUGGAGGGCCGCUACAGGGCUAACAUUUUAAAGAGGGGCUUCAAGGAGACGGCAUUCCUCUAUGCCAUCUCUUCAGCAGGCCUGACCCACGCCAUGGCCAAAGCCUGCAGCGCUGGCCGCAUGGAGCGCUGCACCUGUGACGAGGCUCCUGACCUGGAGAACCGCAAGGCUUGGCAGUGGGGAGGCUGUGGAGACAACCUCAAGUACAGCAACAAAUUUGUCAAAGACUUCCUGGGUAAGAGGUCCAACAAGGAUCUCCGCGCUCGGAUAGAUAUGCACAACAGCAAUGUAGGAAUGAAGGUGAUCAAGGCGGGGGUGGAGACCACCUGUAAGUGUCACGGAGUUUCGGGAUCGUGUACCGUGCAAACAUGCUGGAGGCAGCUGGCACCCUUCCACGAAAUCGGCAAGCAGCUCAAGCAGCGUUACGAGACUUCAAUCAAAUUGGCCAGCCCCUCCAAUGAGGCGACUGGGGAGGGGGAGAUCUCCCAGACCAGAUCCCAGGGGCAGCAGCCCUCUCCGGGCCCUCGAACGGAACUCAUUCCCCGCACCUCUGACCUUCUUCACAUCGAGGACUCGCCGAGCUUUUGCAGGCCUAGCAAGUAUUCGGCAGGCACCAUGGCCCGCAAAUGCUACAAGGAUAAGAACUGCGAGGCCAUCUGCUGCGGCCGGGGCCACAACACUCAGAGCCGGGUGGUGACGAGACCGUGCCAGUGCCAGGUGCGCUGGUGCUGCUAUGUUGAAUGCAAACAGUGCACACAAAGAGAAGAGGUUUACACCUGUAAGGGGUAAAACCGUCACGACCAUGCAGAAUAUCUCUCACCAGUCUGAAUGAGUGGAAGGCAAAAAGAGAGGAAAAGUGACAAGUUGUCCUGGUUUGGAGAACGGUCUCAAAGACAUCAAACUAGUUGAAAGCACUUUUUUGAGAUGUUUUGCAGGGCAUUUUUUUCUGUUUUCCAUGUGAAGCAGCGUGAAAGCUGUAUAAUAUACCAAGCCUGAGGGAAUGGUCUACAGCUUUGAGAGACACCUUGGAACUAGAUUAAAUAUUUCAAGGAGUAAUUCAUCUGCCAAGAUAUCAAUCAGCAGUGAAGUCCAGUCUUGGACAGACAAUUGUUUGUCCAGUGAUUUGACAGUCUCAGAAUAAUAGCUUCAAGCCGUACGUGUAAGAGUAUGUGUUCGUAUGUGACUUAAUUCCAACUUGGAGACGGAAUUUGCAAUGAAAAAAUGGUGUCGUCAGAUUUAUUCUACAUGCACAUGUAUCCUACACCCACACAAGAGUGUGUAUGCAUAUGUACAUAGAUCAAAUUACAUUAUAAUUCUAUUAUAUACACCACUUAUCUGAGUAUGUUAAAUAACCACUAACCACACAAAUGUUUUAUUGUUUGUGUGCUUGCAUUCACUUUUUGUUGUAAUUCUCUUCGACAAGGCCCUUAGGAAAGCAAUACUUUUUUUGAUUUGUGUUCUUCUGUGGAUAUAAUUUAUGGAACAUCUCAAGGAACAGUCCUUGCAUGGAAGGAUAAUGUGCUUUUCCUUCCUUUUUGAUUUUGAUUUUAUUAUUUUCUUUUUGCUUGACAGAGGAAAUCUUUGCCAGUCUAUUUAAGAUUUAACUCGGCCUUAAACCAAUUCUACAAAUGACUGUUCAGGGAACAAGUGAAACCACUAUGCGCCGUUGGAUGGUAAAGAAAUCUCAGAGAUAUCGCAAGGAGCGUUAGUCUCCAUGAUUUAGGCUUCCACUUGACGACAGAUCUGUCCAUCCAGCUGCUGAUUCAUUGCUGUAAUCGUUGCAGCAGUGCUUUUCAGGACAAUGCUGGUUAAAUAUGAAAUAUGCCAUGGUUCGUGGCCACUUUACGUUCUGUCAGUUUCACAGACAGCUGGAGGGAGCAAAUAAGAGUUGAGAAUAAACAUGACAGCAAAUGUGAGACACAAAUUGCAACGAAAAAAUUAUUUUCGUCAUUUCCCCCUUUUUGCAUUGUAUUUCUAGGGGGGAAUAAUUAACCUCAGAGCUAAUCUAAUACAUUUUCCAGCAGAUAUUGAUGUUGGAAAAUUACGGUGAACAUUUCUUACAUUCAAGUGUGGAUGAUGUACUGCUUGCCUGUGGUUCUCUCUUGUCACAUUGUUACAUUGUUGAAAUUUAUGCUGAAUAACCAUAUUGGACAAAUGCCCAUGCAUGUUGAUCAAAAAUGACUGUUUCAUUGAAUCUAUUCACAAUUGUGGAAAGGCUGGACAUGGCAUAUUUUUAUGACUAUGUGGACGUACAAGUCCAUAUAUCUAUAUUGUAAAAUAUAAACACUGAAAUUCCAUAUUUUUGAAAAUUAUUUAACAUAUCAGCCUGCAUGGAGGAAGCGCUGUGUGACCAAAUGACAGGAUCUAAGUUUCUGAUCAGACUUUUAAUCAUUUAAAUGCUCUGUCAGUUUAGUGGCAGCACAAACCUAUGACUUUGUAUUCAGAUUGCCAAACUCUUUUGAGAUACACAUCAUGUAAAUACAAUAUAUAGAAAUUAAGAUAUGACAAAAUAUAUAUGAAUUAAUUAUAUAUGCUCUUUUAUUUUUUUAGUUUAGUGUGAAUGAACUACUGAGUGAGAGACCGACAACAAGAAAAAUGGCACCAUUCACGCACUGAAGCUUGGAAGCUCUUUUAUUUAUUUAUGUAUUUUUUUUUUUAAAGUUGUAAAUAGCUAUGGUUAUGUUCCUGUGGCAUACAGACAAAAGUGAGGCACAUGCAUACUGCUUUUGGACAGAAGUUUCCAGAAUAAAGAUGUUAAGACCUGUCUGACUAAGUAGAGGUACAUUGUUGUUUUAAGUUCAAAUUCAAACUCAAACUGUUUUUUUUUUUCAAACAUUUUAUGAAGUGCCAAGUUCAGUGCUUUGUAAAUAAAUGUUACAAUUUUACGUAAUUAUUAUCCUCUCUGUGAGGAUGUCUCAUUAUCUCUGUGAAAUCAUCUGGAAAGCACUGUAUUUUAUCUCAUUUGUGUCAAAUAUUUAAAUAAGCAAAAUUACUUUUUGAUCAAAUGUUGCAGAAACAUUUGAUGGAUAAUUCAAUAAGGAAGGUCCUGGUGUUGCAUUGAAGAUGGGCAAAUGCUCAACUAAAAAGACAUCUACAUAAAUAGACAGCACUACAAACAAAUAAAAAAACAUUUAAUUUCAUUUAAUUAAAACAAGACACUUUUGCAAUUUUGUGUUAGAUCUUAAGACUUUUUGCUUCUCAAGUAAGGAUGUUCAUAUAUUUGCCAUGAGAAAAACAAAAAUGCUGAUACUUCAUAUUAAUAUUAAGAAAAAAACAUUUUCAGUGACGAUUUUGAUGCAACUGUUGAAUACAAAAACCGAGGGGUGCAGGAAAUAAAUCUGUCUGAGAAGGGAUUCGAUUUUUCUUUCAUUUAAACGAGCUGAAUUCCAAAUAGUUAUUUGAUGGGGAGACAUGCCAAUUAAAGAAUGCAUGGAAACAUAAACAUAGACUUUAGCACGCUAAAUGGAAACCAUAAUAGCUAUGCCGAGUUUUUCACCAGUCAUGUUGUCUGCCCACAGCAGAAGUGAACAGAAAACAGCAAUGACAAGAUUCAGUUCUCUUCAGCUGCCCUUUCACAUCUGUUCUGAUUCACUAAAUAUGCUGACAAACAAUGUAGAUAUCACAUAUAGUUGCAUUUUUGGCAUGCUGCAUGUUCUCAGUAAUCAGUAAUAUUUUUUUUCAUUGACAGAAGGCAUUGUGAAAGCAUAUGUUAUAAGUUUCUUUUUGUUGUUGUCUUGGUUCCUUAUUCUUACUUUCCAAUGCAACCUGUAUAAAAUGUAUUGACACAUAAAAUGGACACAGAGACAAACUAUAACUUAUUUUGAAAUGUUUUAUGAGCAUGUGUUAAUUGUACAUUUUGUAAAGUUCAAGAUGAUUUUCUAUAUAUUUUCUCUGUCUUGCAUUUGGCUUGUAAUUCGGUAUUUGCUUUCUGGGGUUGAGGUAUACAUUUUUUUUUUUUCUUUCUUUUUUUUUUUUCUUUUUUUUUUCUUAAACAUAAUUGCUCCCGAUGGUUAAAAGAAAACAUUUCCCCCCAAGAUAAAGAACAAUGCAAACCCUCUAAAAUUCAGUUCCACUUCUAUGUCUGAAGUGCAACUUUGUCCUUAUUUAUUAUAAGGAAUGUAUACCAAAGAUUAACAAUAUUUAGUAUGUAAACAAUGCAAAAUUACAACACCCACAAUAAGACUAUACAUGUCCCAGUUAGCUGUAGCAAUCUCAUCAUUUGUAGCAUAAAGGCUGUAAAAUUUUAUACUGUUUUAUACUACUUUGUUGAUUAUAUGAAAUAAACAUAACUAGCAAGUCAUUUGAUUGUUUUAGACCUACAUUCAUUGAGAGUGGAUCGCAGAUACUUAGCAUUGAACAAAUGCACAGUAAUUUUUUCCAUAAAUUCCAAUGGCUUGGUCACUAUUCUGAUUUUUGUCAGGGUUUGUGCAAUGCUGUAACUAUUAAAAGGCAUUCUUUUUCUUUUAAGGGCAGAGUUUUUGUCAGUAGUUUGUCUUCGUCCACUUUUUCUUGUCUUAUGGGAAACUAUUUUCCUCUAAAUUAUUUUCCUCUACCUCAUGUGUAUAGCUUGUAGGUAUAAACUGAUCAUGAAUGACUGGUAAGAAUGUAUUUAAGUUAUUUAACAUCUUUGUAUAACAAAGGCAAGGAAAUCUGAAAA